UAAACCCCACCAAUCCAGGCGCGGAAGUGGAUAAACCUCCCACCCAGAAAACUCAGAAAGCUUUUACACAGACAAUGGCAGCUCCAACAACAGAGCUCUUGUGCUACAGAGGAAUUUCCACUUCUCCCACUCUCUCCAAAACCCUUUCUCUUCUCUCUUCCUCAUUUCCAAUCCCCAAAUCUCUCUCUCCUCCAAUUCUUCGCACUCCUUCGCUUUUCCUCCACACUUGCCUUCCCUCUCUUCCUCGCUUCCUUUCCCACCUCUCCACCAAUGAUUUCAAUAUCUCCAUAACAGAUGAACAAGAAGAAGGAGAAGAAGAAGAGGAAGAAGAAGUAGGAGAGCUCGUGACUGAGUCGGACGGCGGAGACGAUUUAUUAACGGUCGACGUCGAUGACCUCGAAGAAGACGCUCGAUACGUGGUUCAAGAGUUCUCAUCCUCUUUGUCCAGCCAGCUCAGAAUCGAAGAUGAGAAGGAUGACCAAGAGGAAGUUGGUCGGAAGCAGAGGAGGCAGAAAAGUACAGUUAAAAGUAUCCCUGACCAUCUUCUUCCAAGGGUAGCAAUUGUUGGAAGACCGAAUGUUGGUAAAUCAGCAUUAUUUAAUCGCCUUGUCUCGGGGAACAAGGCAAUUGUAGUCGAUGAGCCUGGGGUUACUAGGGAUCGCCUUUAUGGUAGAUCCUUUUGGGGGGAUCAUGAAUUUAUGGUGGUGGAUACUGGUGGUGUUCUUACAGUUUCGAAGUCCCAGGCUAAUGUCAUGGAAGAAUUAGCUAUUUCAACAACCAUUGGUAUGGAUGGCAUUCCACUUGCCUCCAGGGAGGCAGCUGUUGCCAGGAUGCCCUCGAUGAUAGAGAAACAAGCUACUGCAGCGGUUGAAGAAUCAUCUGUCAUUAUAUUCCUCGUUGAUGGCAAGGCAGGUCUAACUGCAGCUGAUGAGGAAAUUUCAGAUUGGCUACGUAAGAACUACUCAGAUAAGUACAUCAUUCUUGCAGUUAACAAGUGUGAAUCUCCACGUAAAGGGAUCAUGCAAGCAUCAGAGUUUUGGUCGUUAGGGUUUUCACCACUUCCUAUAUCUGCUAUUUCUGGAACUGGAACUGGAGAGCUUCUUGAUCUUGUGUGUUCAGGGCUGAAAAAGAUUGAGGACCCAGAAGAUUUUGCUGAACAAGAAGAUUAUGUUCCUGCAAUUGCGAUUGUUGGGCGACCAAAUGUUGGUAAAAGUAGCAUUUUGAAUGCAUUGGUUGGGGAGGACAGAACAAUUGUUAGCCCAGUCAGUGGAACUACCCGUGAUGCUAUUGAUAUUGAAUUUAUUGGACCAGAUGGACAGAAGUUCCGGCUAAUUGAUACUGCUGGAAUCAGAAGAAGAGCAGUCGUUGCUUCAUCAGGUAGCAUGACAGAGGCUUUAUCGGUAAAUCGAGCAUUUCGUGCAAUUCGUCGUUCUGAUGUUGUGGCUCUUGUAAUUGAGGCCCUGGCUUGUAUCACAGAACAGGAUUGCAAGAUUGCUGAAAGGAUAGAAAGAGAAGGUAAAGGCUGCCUGAUAGUUGUAAACAAAUGGGAUACCAUACCGAAUAAAAACCAGCAGACUGCGACAUACUAUGAGCAGGAUGUUAGGGAAAAGCUUCGUGUUCUUGGUUGGGCACCUAUUGUAUAUUCAACUGCAAUAGCUGGUCAAAGUGUUGACAAGAUUAUCAUUGCUGCUAGCACAGUUGAGAAAGAGAGAUCAAGAAGGCUUAGUACUUCUGUAGUAAAUCAAGUUGUACAGGAAGCACUAGCUUUUAAAUCACCACCGAGGACACGAGGUGGCAAAAGAGGGCGCAUUUAUUACUGCACUCAGGCAGCUAUAAGGCCACCAACAUUUGUGUUCUUUGUCAAUGAUGCAAAACUUUUCCCCGAGACGUACCGCCGUUAUAUGGAGAAGCAACUGCGUUCAGAUGCGGGGUUUUUGGGGACUCCAAUUCGGCUUCUUUGGUCUAACAGGAGGAAAACAGAAAAAGAGGAAGGCAGAGCUGCAACGAGGACACAAGCAAAUCUUGUGCCACGUGACAAAAAAUUGGAGUUAGCUACAUGAAGCAUAUGAAAUACAAGUGUCAUCUCAGAACUGGAAAGGAGUCUGUUCUGGAACAGCUUUGUGCACCGCUGAAACUAGUCAUCAGAUGCUGAAGGUACCCUGCAAGGUUGUUGAUGUAAAAAUUUCUCUAAUUUUAUUAAUUCUAUCAACCCAUGCGGAAAAGGACUGGCAUUGCAUUUGCAUGUAUCUUCCAACUGUGGUGGCUUAGAACUUGUAAGUUGGGCCUUUGAAUAUACAUUUUUGUUUGUUUGUUUGGUU